AUGUAAAUCAUGAAAAGUGAUGAAAAAUUAAAAUGAAAACAAUGAUGACGAAUCAAAAUUAAUAUAAAAUUCGCGAAGGUAUGACGAAUAUUGAAGUAUAAAAGUUGUGCUCCAGAAACUUAUUCGUCAAUCGUCAUAGGUGACUUGUGGUAGACUUUGUUGUGUAAAAAGUGGUAAUAUUAACUGGUACUUUACUACUAUUUUUUUGAAUUUUAUAGUGUUAAUUCGUAUACUUUAAACGAUAAAACAAUGGAAUUUCCGCACAUUGGAAGUAAUUGUUCCUACAAAUCCUGUAAUAAACUUGAUUUCCUACCCAUGAAAUGUGAUGCUUGCAGAGAAGUUUACUGUUCGGACCAUUUUACCUACAUCAAACAUGAGUGUACGGCGUCUAACGCAAGAGACGUACAAGUACCGGAGUGCCCCUUGUGUGGGUCCCCUGUGCCCGGGAAGAGAGACGAGCCCCCUGACGUGGCUGUGAGCGCUCAUAUAGACAACCAGUGCAUGUCUGACCCAGCUAGGGAAAGGAGAAAAAAGGUGUUUACAAAUAAAUGUUCGUACAAAGGCUGCAAGACUAAGGAGAUGGUGCCGCUGGUGUGCGCGGAGUGCGCGCUCAACUACUGCCUGCGACACAGACAUGCAGUGGACCACGCUUGCGACGGAAAACUGGGCGCCAAGAAAAGACAGCUCGCUAACGCAGCGAUGGCUCGUGUUCGACAGAACGAGAGGAACGUGCCAGACAGAGCGAUGGUCGCUUCCAUCGCUAGCUUCACUGCCGUGCAGGGGAAUAUGACUGAAGACGAAGCCCUAGCGCACGCGUUGGCACUGUCUCUGCAAGAACAAAGUGGCACCCCAACUAGAGAAACUACGAUCAUCCGGGAGCUGACGCGACAGAGAGUGGGCGGCGAACAGAACUCGCGCUGCUCGGUCUCUUAGCGCACUCGGCCCGCUAGCUCCCCGACUACACGGCUGAAGGAAAAGACUGGUUGUUAAUAAAAAGUUAAACA